UUGCAGUGUAUUAAUUGCGUCUUUUUAUUCCUGCAGGCGGGGGAAAUGUUUGCAGAUAAUCUUCCCUUACAGGAUGACAGGACGGGAAGGGCAAUUCUUCUUCCACAGUGACCGUUGGAACAAUGACCAUGACGUAUAUGUGACAGAAACGAACUAUGAUGAAUAUGCUUUGAUACACAACACCAUCGUGAAAGGGCCAGAAGUCACAACCCUGAUAAAGCUGUAUGGCAGAGCUCAGGAACUGAGACCUGAGCUCCUGGAGAAGUUCAGACAGUAUAGCCUGGCACAUGGAAUGGAGGAAGAGAACAUUGUAACUUUUGCUAAGCAAGAUGAGUGCAAACCGACCCCUGCUUAGGACUGAACAGCCGGGUCUGUGCUAAAGUAACUACACAGGAGGAAAUAGUUGCAUUACCAACCUGCUCCACGCCUUUGAUCACUCAAACAUUGUAGACUGCAUUUACACAGCCAGCAAUUAAUAAAAUCACCAUAAUCACA